AUGGCGGAAUUCGUACGUGCCCAGAUUUUCGGCACGACCUUUGAAAUCACCAGCCGAUACACAGAUUUGCAACCUGUAGGCAUGGGUGCUUUUGGACUGGUCUGCUCAGCGAGGGAUCAAUUGACCGCCCAGCCGGUUGCCGUUAAGAAAAUCAUGAAGCCUUUCAGUACUCCAGUGCUCUCUAAAAGGACGUACCGUGAACUGAAGCUGCUCAAGCACCUGCGACACGAAAACAUCAUUAGCUUGAGCGAUAUAUUUAUUUCUCCCCUUGAGGACAUUUACUUCGUCACAGAACUUCUGGGUACCGAUUUACAUAGACUGCUUACUUCCAGGCCACUGGAGAAGCAGUUCAUCCAGUAUUUCUUAUAUCAGAUUCUGCGGGGACUGAAAUAUGUUCAUUCGGCAGGUGUUGUCCAUCGUGACCUUAAGCCCAGCAAUAUCCUCAUCAAUGAAAACUGCGAUCUUAAAAUUUGUGAUUUCGGACUUGCGCGCAUUCAAGACCCGCAGAUGACAGGAUAUGUAUCAACUAGAUACUACCGUGCGCCGGAGAUCAUGCUCACAUGGCAAAAAUACGACGUCGAGGUGGACAUCUGGAGUGCAGCAUGCAUCUUCGCCGAGAUGCUGGAGGGAAAGCCUCUGUUCCCCGGAAAGGACCAUGUUAACCAGUUUUCCAUCAUUACGGAGCUUCUUGGGACGCCUCCGGACGAUGUUAUCCAGACCAUCUGCAGCGAGAAUACUUUACGGUUCGUCAAGUCACUACCGAAGCGAGAGCGUCAGCCGUUGGUGACUAAAUUCAGAAAUGCCGACCCGGACGCUGUUGAUCUCCUCGAGCGUAUGCUCGUUUUCGACCCCAAGAAGCGAAUCCGUGCUGCCGAUGCUCUUGCACAUGUAUACCUAGCCCCAUACCAUGAUCCCACCGAUGAGCCUGAAGCGGAGGAGAAGUUUGACUGGUCGUUUAACGAUGCUGAUUUGCCCGUGGACACCUGGAAAAUUAUGAUGUACUCGGAGAUUCUAGACUUCCACAACAUCGACCAGAGUGCCGAAGGUAACCCGGCCCUUGUCGAAGGGGUUGGACUGAAUCAGCAAGGGUUCCAAUAG